GGAGCCGCCGCCGCGCUGUGGGGACACGCUGCUAUGACUCUGGAGGAGAGCCACGGACAGGAGCCUAUGCCUGCGGGUCAGAACUGGAUGCACGGCGCCGGCAAGGCCCUCCACAAGCUGCUGGUGUCGGCGCAGCGCCGCGGCUGCCUCACCGCCGGCGUCUACGAGUCGGCCAAGCUGAUGAAUGUCGAUCCCGACAACGUUGCUUUCUGCGUGCUGGCCACGGACGAGGAGGACGAGGGGGAUAUUGCUCUGCAGAUCCACUUCACCCUGAUCCAGGCCUUCUGUUGCGAGAAUGACAUUGACAUUGUGCGGGUGACUGAUGUCGCCAAGCUGGCUGCCAUCGUGGGGCCCAAUGAGGAGUCUGGGGAGCCGCGGGACCUCCACUGCAUCGUCAUCACGGUGAGUGUCCUGUGGGUGAGUGGUGCUCCAUGUGCUGUCCUCUGCUACUGUGUUUAUGCUACCAGUCUCUGCAUGGAACAAUUAGAGCCUUUUAGGGCGGCCCCAUCUCCCGUUGGUAGUCAAAUCCUCUUCUGGGCAGAGAAAGGAGGCUUGGCACACACUGUACAACGAGUCAGCUGAGUAGUAGUAGUAGGCUACAGUUCUUGUAACUGUGGAUUGCUGCUGCCCACAAGGGUAACAGUUCUGCUUCCUGGUUUGUGUCAGGACAGAAACCACCUGAAAAUGCCUUGUUUCCUAAGCCAGUGCUUCUGUAAAUAUUGUGAUUACUUCAGCUGGCAGGCAGCACUCAUGGUGUGCAACUUUUUUCUUUCUGGCAGAACCCAAGUGAAGAUGGCUGGAAGGACCCAGCUCUUGAAACACUGAACUCGUUUUGUGAAGAAAGCCGAAAUGUCAAUGACUGGGUACCAACCAUCACCCUGCCUGAGUGAUGGUGACCAGUACUUUGGGGAGGCUGAAACUUUUGUUACAUUCUCAACGUGGCAUGGGUUCACCGAAGUGUGCAACAAGCUGCUGAUUCCAUGGAUUAGCCUGGUCAAGAGACUGGAUUAAAGUCACUCAGACUGGCAUGCAGUGCGUUCUUACUGAGGAGAAAGAACAGCUCGCCUCACCAGUGAGCCUCAGUAGGCUGCAACCGUGGAGAGGCUGACAUACCAUGGAACUGAAAGAAGUAUUGCAAGUUUCCUGGUCAAGUGGAGCUGUUUCAGAAGGCAGAGAGAAAGUUGGGGGAAGUGGGCCAAAACUUUCCAGGAGGACUGGACAGAGUAACUCAAGGAAAUUAGGAACUGUUGAUGCUGUCUAAAACAGAGAAGAAAGUUUCAAUAUUUGAUGGACUACUAGGGACUGGUUACUAAGACAAAUAUAGAGACUCCAAAGCAGACAGACCUCAACAGUCCUCUUGGGUCACUCUGCAGAACUGGUUUAAUAAUGCAAUAAUUUUUAUUGAACUAUUUGCUGCUAUUGAAGCUUUCAUAAUAAAUCUUUUGACAAUUAA